AUGACCAGCACGCAGUCGCGUUCCUCUGGAGCUAAUAAGUGGCUGCUAGGCACCAGCAGUCAGGGCGUGGGCCCGCGGCGGGUCUGUUGGCGCGAGGGUCAGUGGUCCCCAAACGACGACACAGAUGCUUGGGCGGACGCGGAGAGCCGCAGGUGUGAAUUUCUACGGCUCCUCAAGAUUUCAGCAUUUCUCUUAGGCCUUGGCACUAUUGGGUUUCUGUGCGUAAGUGUGGGGCUAAGUAGGCUCACACCAGAGCUCCCUCCUUCUGCUGUGGCUGACCAGCCGCCGAAGCUUCUACCAGAGGAACGUCUCCGGAACCUCUUUACCUACGAUGGAAUCUGGCUGUUCCCGAAAAACCAGUGCAAAUGUGAAGCCCCCAAAGGGCAGGGAGGCUAUAACUUCCAGGAUGCCUAUGGCCAGAGUGAACUCCCUGCGGUGAAAGCGAGGAGGCGGGCUGAAUUCGAACACUUCCAGAGGAGAGAAGGGUUGCCCCGUUCACCGCCGCUGCUGGCUCAGCCCAACCUCCCCUUUGGGUACCCGGUCCAUGGGGUAGAGGUGAUGCCCCUGCACACGGUUCCCCUCCCAGGCCUUCAGUUUGAAGGACAAGACGCCCCCUUCUAUAAGGUCACGCUGACAGCGUCUCUGGGGACCCUGAACACCCUUGCUGACGUCCCGGACAGUGUGGUGCAGGGCAGAGGCCAGAAGCAGCUGACCGUUUCGACCAGUAACCGGCAGCUUUUGAAUUUCGUCCUCCAGCACCUGACAUACACCAGCACAGUGUACCAGCACCCCAGGGUGGAUGUGGUGAGUCUGGAGUCCAAGUCCUCAGUCGCCAGAUUUCCAGUGACCAUCCGCCAUCUUGUCAUGCCCAGGUUGUAUGACCCUGGACCAGAGAGGAAGCUCAGAGACCUGGUGACCAUCGCCACCAAAACUUUCCUCCGUCCCCACAAGCUCAUGACCAUGCUCCAGAGCAUUCGGGAGUUCUACCCAGACUUGACCGUGAUCGUGGCCGAUGACAGCAAGGAGCCCCUGAAGAUUAAGGACGACCAUGUGGAGUAUUACACCAUGCCCUUUGGGAAGGGCUGGUUCGCCGGUAGGAACCUGGCCAUCUCUCAGGUCACCACCAAAUACGUUCUCUGGGUGGAUGAUGAUUUUCUCUUCAACGACAAGACCAAGAUUGAGGUGCUGGUGGAUGUCCUAGAGAAAACGGAACUGGACGUGGUAGGUGGCAGUGUGCUCGGGAACGUGUUCCAGUUUAAGCUGUUGCUGGAGCGGAGUCAGAAUGGGGACUGUCUUCACCGGAGGCCAGGCUCUUUCGGACCCCUGGAUGGCUUCCCCCGCUGUGUGGUGACCAGCGGCGUGGUCAACUUCUUACUGGCCCACACAGAGCGACUACAGAGAGUUGGCUUCGACCCCCGCCUGCGGCGAGUGGCUCACUCAGAGUUCUUUAUUGAUGGGCUCGGGAGCUUGCUUGUGGGGUCGUGCCCAGAAGUGAUCAUAGGUCACCAGGCUCGUUCUCCAGCGGCGGACCUGGAGAAGACAUACAGCACGUUCCGGACCAACACCCACGACCAGAUCCAGUUCAAGCUGGCUCUCCAUUACUUCAAGAACCAUCUCCAGUGCUCCACAUAAAGGUGCCCGGGCAUCAGGAAUGCUCUAGACGUACCCAUCGUGGGACCCAGAACAGCGGGACUGGUGCUGGGGAUACCCAAGUAUAGACUCCUGAGAAGACGGAUGUUGGAAAGAAUAAGCCAGCGGGUGGGGCAGAUGGGUCAGGGUCAGGGACGAGAAAUGCCCGUCAGAGCCUAAGGGUCGUUAGAAAGGGACCACCCCCCGAUAAGGGCAAUAGAGGCGUAUCGACAAGAGUCAUUAUUUGUUUGUAGGACCCGUUACCAGUUAGGGACACACAGCAUCUCGCAUCGUCUCAUUUGACCUCACGCAAAAGAGUCCAUGGUGGGUUGUAUCCUUGGUCGAAAGAGUGGCUGCUGGGGUU